AUGGCUUCAUACCCUCCUUAAUAGUACAACUAUCAGUAACCACCAAUGGGCUAAUAAUACCCACCAGGAAUGAUUCCCCCAGGUGGUCAGCCAAUGAUGAUGUUACCUCCACAGAAUAUGGAUCCAUACGGAAACUAGAAUCAUGGCCACGGUCAUCACAAAAAGAAGGACUCUAGCAGUGAUAAGAAAAAACACAAGCAUCAUCAUGAUCACCAUCAAUAGUAAAACUAUCCCCCAGUUGGAAUGCAAGUCUAUGGUUAGCCUGUCAUUUAGUAGUAGCCAAUGCCAAAUCCUUACUAACAACCUAUGCACAUGCAAGGACCACCACCUUAUGGACAAGCUCCCAUGCCACAACAGAAGAAUAUGCCUUAAUUUAAACACAUGCAGUUUUAUUCAACCCCGAUAAGGUACGACUGUUACCACUGCGGUGAGAAUAUUACUACUAAGGUAACCAAGUCUACAACACAAACUCAGUGUCUUUGUUGUGUAGCUUUAACAUUUGUAUUGCUUUGCUGCAUUCCCUACCUUUGUGAAAACUGCUAUCACUACAAGCAUCAUUGCCCUAAAUGUAAUGGCAUGAUCGGCGCUUCUCAAAAUAAAUGA